GGCUGCUACCUGCUUCAGGGCUACUCGGGUUUCUGGGUUGCUCAAGAAAAAAUCACUAUCUGUCACUUCGUGACUCGGGAGUUGCAAUUCUUAGCUUCGUUGGUCUUUUUUUGAUAACAAGUACAUGGGUAGACUCGAGACGAUUCUUCCAUGGCAGUGAUGGUUGUUGCAGUUGUUGGUGAUUGGUGCAUCGUCUCGAGUGUUGUUCAUAUUUUGCGCUAGCGCCAGUAAGACACUGGAAACGGGGAGUAGUGGAAGAGGAUUGAUUGAUUUGUGACUAGGGGCUGCUGGUUGACUUGGUCUCUGGGUUCGCUGCUACACUGCCGAAUUGGGUCGUUGACAGGGUUUGAGAUGAUGUUGGUGAGCUUUCUGUGGUAAUCGAUCUAGUAAUAGAGCUGGAGAAUUUCUGCUGAAGAAGAAACCUUGGGGGUGGUGCCUAGUGGGUUGUCGGUGACAGCCAUGGUGCGCAAGCUCAUCGUCGAGGUUGUGGCCGCAAAGGCCUUGAUGCCCAAGGAUGGUCAGGGCUCCACGAAUGCUUACUGUGUGUUGGACUACGAUGGCCAGCGUAAGAGGACGAGGGUAAAAUCCAAAGACCUCGAUCCUACGUGGAAUGAAAAGUUUGAGUUUCUGAUCAGGGAUGUUGCGAUACCUGGAGACUUGGAAAUCAACAUCCAAAACGAAAGAAACAGUGGUACUGGGAGGCGAAGCAGUUUCCUGGGGAAGGUGACAGUCCCUAUCCAAUUCGUUCCUAAUAAACCUGAACCAGUCAGAUGGUACCCUUUGCAGAAGCGAGGCCUUUUCUCGCAUAUCAAAGGAGACUUGGGGCUCAGGAUUUGGUGGCAGCCUGCAGAGUCGAUCACAAAAUCCAUGGCUGAUGAGAUGUCAAAUAGAGGACGCGUUCGACAAGACUUGAUGGAAGGUGGGGGAGGAAGGGCGAACAACAAUGUGGCAAAAGCAGAUCGGCAGCCAUAUCCCAUAAGGCCUAACCCAGGAAUUGUUCCUGAAACUGAUUUCAUUGUGAAGGAAACUAAUCCUGACUUGGGAAAGGCCGUUGAUUACAACCAGCACUUCAACCUGGUUGAGCAGAUGGGAUAUCUGUUUGUGCGUGUAGUUAGGGCACGAGAUCUCCUGGGAAAUGGACGGUGUGACCCGUAUUGUAGGGUUUUUGUAGGGCCUGUCAAAGCGGAGACGAGGAUCGUCAUGGGAGAUUCCAACCCUGAAUGGAACCAAGUGUUUGCGAUUGGCAAGGACAAGAUCCAGGGUGGUGCUAUUGAGUUGUCAGUUUGUAAUGCACUCUCCAAGGAUGACUUUCUUGGAGGUUUUAUGGUGGACUUACACGAGGUCCCGUUGAGGCGGCCGCCUGAGGCUCCGCUGUCUCCACAGUGGUACAAGCUGGAAGCAAAGACCGGCAAGGGAAGUGCAAGAGGAGAAAUCAUGGUGUCAAUUUGGUGGGGCACUCAGGCAGACGAGGCUUUCCCUGAAGCUUGGCAUUCCGACACUGGUGGACAGGCCCAAUUUCGCCAGAAAGUAUAUUUGUCCCCGAAAUUGUGGUACUUAAGGUGUAACGUCAUCGAAGCUCAAGAAUUGGCGUCUUUUGAUCACCGUCUUUCGAAGCCGUUUGUCAGGGUUCAAGUGGGACCUUACCAGACCUUGCAGACUAGACCAUCUUUCGUCAGAACUGGCAAUCCCUUCUGGAACGAGGACUUGAUGUUUGUUGCUUCGGAGCCAUUUGAAGAUAUCUUACAUCUUGUCGUUUUAGAUCAAGUCGGCUCUCAAAAUGAUAUCCUGGGUCAAGCAAGAAUUCCACUAAACAGCAUUGAACGCCGCAUAGAUGGGCAUCCAGUAGUCUCCAGGUGGUAUGUUUUGGAAAGAGAGGGUGGAAAGGGUGUAGCUUUUCUGGAUCGAAUUCAUCUCCGUCUCUGUUUUGACGGUGGCUAUCAUGUCAUGGACGAAUCACCAAACUAUAUUAGUGACACGAGGCCUACAGCAAGGCAACUUUGGAAACACCCUUUGGGUGUCCUGGAGCUUGGUAUUCACGGAGCAAACAGUCUUCUUCCUAUGAAGACUACGAAGGACCAUCGAGGUAGCACUGACGCAUACUGUGUCGCCAAGUAUGGUCCCAAAUGGAUUCGCACUCGCACCAUUUUCGACAGCUUCAAUCCUCGUUGGCAAGAGCAAUAUACCUGGGAGGUUCACGAUCCCUGCACAGUUCUCACUGUCGGUGUAUUCGACAAUCGCCAUGCAGUGGCACCGGGAGGUAUGUCGAAGGAUUUACCAAUUGGAAAGGUGCGAAUCAGGCUCUCUACGUUGGAGAGUGAUCGCGUAUACACGAAUGCUUACCCCCUGCUUGUUGUAACGCCUCAAGGAGUGAAGAAAAUGGGUGAGCUGGAGCUUGCAGUUCGCUUCUCUUGUGCCUCCACAGUGAAUCUGAUGCACGCUUACCUUCAGCCUCAAUUGCCUAAAAUGCACUACUUCUACCCUCUAGAUCCUAGGCAGGAAGAGGCCCUCAGAGUGGCUGCCAUGAACAUAGUGGCACUCAGAUUGAUGCGAUCUGAUCCUCCUUUGAGGCAAGAGGUUGUCCAAUUUAUGUUGGACACAGAGGCAGAGCGUUGGUGCAUGCGCAGAAGUAAAGCUAACUAUUACAGAAUACUGGGUGUUUUGAACGGGCCUUUAGCUGUUAUGAACUGGUUCACCGACAUUUGUAGUUGGAAGAGCCCUGUUACUACUAUACUUGUGCACAUUCUCUACUUGAUUCUUGUUUGGUAUCCGGAGCUCUUCUUGCCCACGGUGUGUCUGUAUAUGUUUUUGAUCGGAUCUUGGAACUACCGCUUUCGGUCUCGAACGCCCCCCUUCAUGGAUGCCAAGCUUUCCCAAGGAGAAUAUGUUGGGGACUACGAUGAGUUGGAGGAAGAGUUCAACGUUGUACCAGCCCAGAGAGCUCAAGAGGUCCUGAAGUAUCGAUACGAGAGGCUUCGUGGUGUCGCUGGUCGAAUUCAAAAUGCCUUGGGUGAUCUUGCCAGUAUGGGAGAGAAGUUUCAUUCCUUGCUCAGUUGGCGUGACCCGAGGGCAAGUGCAGUAUUCAUUGCAGUCUGUUUGAUAUCAGCGAUCGUUCUGUAUGUGACUCCAUUCCAAGUGGUGGCAAUAUUGUGGGGAGUGUACGCAUUGCGGCACCCACGGUUCCGUGAUCCUCUGCCUUCCGUUCCCUUAAACUUACUCAAAAGGCUACCUUCACAGGCUGACCGUAUUCUAUGAGAAACACUACACGGAAAGACUAGUACGAGGAGUGGGAGUGUUUGCUUUUCAACUAGUGUAGCUCGAUGUCUCCUCGUUGAUUUUGUACUAUAUGCGGAAAAAGCUUUACCGGUUAUUACUUAGGUAGAGAAAAGUGGCACCUUUACAUGAACUCGGCGAGUGGCGUGAUCUUACUGAGCGUCAUUUCACGUUGUACAAUUCGGAUUAUAUUACACUGCAUUCAACCUUUCCCUGUUGGAUGGAAGCGAGGCUAUAAAUAUGCGUAGACUUCCUGACGAAUUCGUUCAGUUUUUCA